ACUCGCACGUGUAAAACAUGUGCCACGCUCCAACUCGGAAAAGCCAAACGCCCUGCCCUAGCCUCGCGAUUUCCUUCUCCAGCGCCGCCUCCUCCCAACGUCGCCUCCUCCGCAGCCAAACCCUACGUCGCCUGCGGCCUCCCUCCGAAGCCGUGUCCCUCCCGCGACCUCCCUCCAGCGCUGAAGCCCUAGCCCCGUCGCCUCCCUCCAGCGCCGGAGCCCUAGCCCCGUCGCCAGUUGCCAUGAUUUGUGCUGCAAAAUCUGCAUUGUAAAAUCUGCCUGAUAUUUACAAAGGGAGAUCUCAAGGAAGUCAGUGAAGAGGUUGCCAAGUACAAGGUGGAAAUAGUCUAAUCUUUUUUGGUCCCGCUCUUUCGCCUGACAAUCUUCCCUCAUUUCUCUUCCCGCGCGGGAAACCAUUUUCCCCGCUCUUUCGUGAUUUCGCCUUAGCACCGCCGCCGCGCCGGCCCUUCGCUGCCCCUCUACCUUUGACAGAACCGUCUUCCGAUCCUUCCUCUUCUGACGUGUUCCAGGAGCAGGUCACCGAGUUGGCAGUGACCGAGCAGCAACCUCCAGGUUUCCUUGACUGGUUUUUGUUUUGGCUGAAGUUUUCACUCCCGCAACCGCCGCCCGCGGCCACCUGCCAUCUGUGCCCGCCGCGGCCGAUCACCGCCACCGACCAUAACCCGCCACCAGAGACCACUCGUCGCCCGCAGCAGCCAGCGCGAUCGUACCACUUGCUUGUUACCAUGAGUAAAGAUGAAAAUUUGGUAGAAGAUGAGAUGCAAAUUGAUCAGCAUGAUUCAGAUCGACCGCAAAAAAAUGUACCAGAUGGAUUUUCUGAGGACUAUCUAAAAGUGUAUUAUGGAAAGCUUUUUCCUUGUGUUGAUAUAUAUAGAUGGCUAUCUUAUGGAAAUGAUGGAAAACAUCCGGCUUGUGAUCAGUCCUACUUUGGCCGGAGAGAAUUUUCAUUCACUUUGGAGAAUGAUAUAUAUCUUCGAUUCCUGUCAUUUAAUAAUGUUGUCGAGAUGGAGAGUUCAAUUAGAAAGAAGUGUCCUUUUAAGAUUGAUAUUGGACCUGUGUAUACUGUUGAUCCUGCAAAAAGGCGUGCAUAUGCACAAGGUGGGAAUAAUGUAUUUUCGCCGAUUGAAAGGGAGCUUGUUUUUGACAUUGACAUGUCAGAUUAUGAUGAUGUCCGGUACUGUUGCUCAGGAGCUGAUGUAUGCUUGGAUUGCUGGCCUUUAAUGAAUGUUGCUAUCAAGGUUUUAGACAUGAGUCUUAGAGAGGAUUUUGGUUUCAAUCACAUCCUAUGGGUAUAUAGUGGUCGCCGUGGUGUCCAUUGUUGGGUUUGUGAUGGAAGAGCAAGAAGGCUUAGAGAUGAGCAACGAGCAUCAAUUGCUGAAUACUUCCAUGUUAAUAAGGGUGGUGAAAAUAAUGCUAAGAAAGUAAAUUUAACUGGAGCAGUUCUUCAUCCUUUUCUUGCACGAUCUUAUACAGAGGUUUUGAAGGAUUCUUUUGAAAAGAAGAUGCUUCUUAGCCAGAAAUUAUUUGCGUCUGAAGACCGAUUUCAGAAGAUUCUCCAAAUCAUACCUGAUGAUUCUAUUGCUUCUGAGCUUCUUGACAAAUGGCAAGGAAAUAGAAGAUCUUCCAUUUCAAAGGAAGAUGUUAAUGUUUCUCGUUGGGAACAGUUAAAGCAUGUGCUACAAUCUGGGAAGCACAAGGUUCAGGGGCUACGACGGUGUGUGGAGGAGAUUAUUUUUACAUACACAUUUCCUAGGCUUGACAUGGAGGUAUCAAAACACAUGAACCAUUUGCUAAAAGCACCCUUCUGUGUGCAUCCUAAGACAGGGCGUAUAUGUGUGCCUAUUGAUCCUAAUGAUUGUGAUGAUUUUGAUCCUACCACCGUGCCAACACUUUCUCAGCUUAUUGAAGAGCUUAACAUGAGUAAUAAGAGAUCUGAGUCUGAAGAAGAUUGGGAAAGAACUUCACUUCGCAAGUCAAUUGAAAUUUUCAGAUCAUUUCUUUCUGCACUUUUGAAAUCUUGUAAGAAGGAGAUGAAUUCCAACGUUAGACAAUCCACAGAUGCUAGGAAUUGGUGAGGGUGCAAAAAAAAUUUGUAGCAGAGGCCAUGAAACUAAACUUUUCACUGGUGCAGUAAGCUUCCGAGGAACAUAAGUCUCAGUGUUCAUCACUGCUGUAGAGGCAUUGAAGAUUCUGUUUUGAUCUUGUAGCUUGCACAUAUCCAUGCUGUGGCAUCAUCCACAUGAAGUUUGGUUGACAUGUUUAUGUUAGUAUCAGUCACUGGAUCAUUGUUUUUUUGCUUGUGUAAUCGGGUUUUGCAGUUGCAUAGGGUUUGCCAUCUUGUUAUUAGCACUAGUAAUUAUUAUACUUAAUCUUGUAUUAGUAUCACUCAUCUUUUGCCUUUCAGUUGGAUUUUAUAAUAGCUUGCAGUUUCCUA